AACUCAUCAAGCUGAUGCGUGACUUGGUCAGCAUUCUAUUGCUCACUAACAAAAUACUAGUCUCAUCUCAAAAACUCAUUUUCUCAGUCAAAACUUUGACUCAUUUCCACAAAUUACUUGCAUUUAACCAUUAAAUACAACCCCUUCCUUUGCUUCAUCAUUCACUAAGCUUUUGCCAUUUCAAUUCUCUGUUCCAAUAAAUCACUUUAAACUUCAAAACUUAGUUGCCUCCUUCCAUUAUAUUCUACCAUUAAUGCUCCACCUUGCUCAAUCACAACAAGAAAAAUAGAUAGAUAGAGUAAAAUGCAAAGUGAAAAAGGUUGGGAGCAGAAAGCACUGGUGAGUGAGUUAAUUCAGGGGUUGGAGAUCGCAAGAAAGUUGAAGGAAGACUUCAAUAUACCCUCUUCGAUCGACACAAGGGACUCACUACUGCAGAGGAUACUGUGUUCUUACAACAAGGCUUUGCUUCUUCUACGACGGAAUCCACCAAUUUCAAACUCAGAAACCAUGCAUCAACCAACUCAAACUUCGUCACCACAGUCCCUACAACUUCGUCACCAAAGUCCUCCGAAGGAACACUUUGAAGGUGCCCUCAAGAAUCAUCAUCAAGAACUUAAACAAACUGCAAAGAAAAGAAAGAAGUUGCCGAAAAGGACGGAACAGGUUAGAGUGAAGAUCGAGAAUGGGGUUGAAGAACCUCUCCAAGAUGGUUACAGCUGGAGAAAAUAUGGACAGAAAAACAUCCUCAAUGCAAAAUAUCCCAGAAGCUACUACAGAUGCACAUUCCAAAAAUCUAAGGAUUGCUGCGCCACGAAGCAAGUGCAGAGAUCAGAAGAAGACCCCAAUGUGUUUGACAUAAGUUACCGAGGAAGCCACGUCUGUUCUCACGUUCCGUCAUUAAAAUCACCAGACACAGAAGAGAAACCGCAAGGUUGUGAUAAUAACGUUCAGUUUCAUGGUGCAGAGUCAUGGCGAGAAAGAGUUACAAACUGCACAAACACAUCGACUGUGGAAACGGAUAACGUGACGCCAAAUCCAUUCCCUUCGUUUGGAUGCAUGAUACAAGAUAACCACCACAUGUUUCUUUCUUCCUUUGUACUAGAGAAUGAUCCCUUUUUCAGCACCAUUUCCCAAACAUCCUUGUUCUCUCCGAACACACCUGAAUUAAAUUCUCUUGUGUCUCCGUCUUUCCAUGUACAUGAUGAAUUCGACGGGGUCUUUGAGAAUCUUUGCCCUGAUUCUAAUGCUGCCGGGAUCGUUUUAGCUGAUACAUCAACCACCAAUUUUUCAACUUUUGACUUUAGUUUCGAUGCAGUGGGAAUUGGUGCAAGUUGUCCUUCAAUGCCUCGGGGUUUUCAUCCUAAGUGCACUUGAGAGAAUGAAUUUCAUAAUGUUUGUCGAAAUUAUUGUUAGCAUUUGAAGAAACGAGAAAGCGACAGUACGAUGAUGCAUUAGAUUCCAGACAGCACUAAUAAACGCCGGUGUUUUUCGUUCGUUACAAAAUAGCCAUGUUAAUGUUCAGAGAAGCGAUCUUGUAGUGUGAAAGGGACAGCCGAAAAU